AUGGUGCUUUUCUACGCUGCAACAUUGAUGCAGUGGACAUUCAUGCUACUGCAACUUUGUAUUUCUGCUGUGGUCACGGCACUCGGCUCCGUUGUUGUCAAAGACGGUACGCCAAUUACAGUCCUUGGCGCGAUCAACACUAUCAGUGCUGGCAUUCUGGCCUUUCUCCACAACAGUGGUAUUCCCGAUCGCUAUCGCAAGGACAUGGAAGAGCUCAGAGACGUGGAAGACCACAUCAAAGAGCUUCUAGAUUCCAGCAUUGCCCCCGCGGGGCUGUCCCUGGAGCAGAUUAUUGCCGAAUGUUUCGAUUUGUUCCAAGACGCCAAGGCCACAGUCAAAGCCAACUUGCCAGACAAUUAUCGCAACCGCCAAACAACACCAGUACGACGACAACCUCCAAGCGACCCAGCGCCAGCGCCGCCACCGCCCCAGGAUUCGGAUGCUGCAAAUCCCACAGAUUCUGGACCAGAUGACUCGUCCGGCGCCAAAGCUAAUCCUCCAAAGUGA